AUUUAUAUUUUGCCAAAUGUCACCAAUAGACCUUAAAAUGAAAAUUAGAGAGAAAGAUCUUACAUACGGAGUGAAGUACAAAACUCAGACUGGCUCAACUUGGAUUUCUGAUUUAAAUAUGAAUGAGUAACUAUUUUUGUUUAUGGCUUGUUCUUGAAUGGUUGUCAUCCUAUUUAAAUCAGCAAUCACAGUUGAUCCGGUCAGAGUUUUGUCCCUACCUAAAAUGAACACGGAAGUAAUUUGGGAAAGAUGUAGAUAAGUGUGGCAGGGUUACAAGGAUAGUAGCCGAUUACGGGCUCUAAUAUGCCCUGUUUUUCUUUCUACAAAUAUCAUAAUGUUUAUAAUAUAAAUAUCAAAUGUUAAUGGUUAUUUUUGGUAUUGACAGAAGACCAGAUGAAGCCUUUGGUCAAUUUUGGCAUUCCCUGUAUGUCCAUGGGAUUCCUAGUGGAGGAAGGUGCACCAAUUGUUUGGAGAGGAUUAAUGGUCAUGUCUGCUGUUGAAAAGCUCUUACGGCAAGUGGCAUGGGGUGAGCUUGAUAUCCUUGUGAUUGACAUGCCACCUGGGACAGGAGACACCCAACUGUCAAUCUCACAGUCAAUACCCAUUUCAGGUGCUGUGAUAGUUACCACUCCUCAAGACAUUGCAUUGCUUGAUGCUCGCAGAGGAGCAGAAAUGUUCAGAAAGGUCAAAGUUCCGGUUCUUGGACUAGUCCAAAAUAUGAGCCACUAUGUGUGUCCACAAUGUCAGCACAAGGCCUACUUAUUUGGACAAGACGGAGCCAAAGAUGUUGCCAAGGAAAUGGACUUGGAGCUCUUAGGUGAUAUUCCCCUCCAUAUCAACAUAAGAGAAACAUCAGAUUCUGGAAAACCCAUUGUAGUUUCUCAACCAGACAGUCCUCAGACUUCUGCUUACAAAGCAAUUGCUAGCCGCAUCUUGGAAAAACUUUCCCCACACAGUGACCCAUUUCCUGUACAAGAACCUACAAGAUGACAGUAACUAGCUACCAUUUCUCAAAACAGUGAGUAGCCAAGAUCAAAUUCUGAUGAUUGGCUUUGCUUGGCUAUGAAGGGCCACUAUGAAAAUGCAACACCUUGGAGACAGCCAGCCAGAGCAAAUGUAGGCUAGCCCACUUCUUGUGCUAGUCCAGAUGUGUCUGUUGGAAGUAGACACCACUUUAUAGCAGUUGAAGAGAAAGCAGAAAUUCCCUCUUGGGCUCAAGAGAGUUGGCUAUCCAAUGUUAUCAUCAUAGUGCUGACAAUUUGCUAGCACCCAUCUUGUUGACAAUAUUUUGUCAUUGUUUUGUCAAAUUAGCCUUAACUAGUUACUCUUCGAGUGAAAGAAGCUUCAUUAUCUUAUGAAGACAAGACAAAGAUCAAACAAGUAUUUUUCUGCUCAACAAAUUUGUGUUUGAGACUCACUCUAUGAGUUAACAAGGACUGUGAGUAGUCUCCCUGAGUAGUCUUAUCUGGUCAAGCAAGGGCUCAUCUGAAUAAGAUCUGUCAUAUUGAUCCAAGUCCUGACAGUGGAGAAGGUGUACAGGUCAUUCACUGAUCUCCUUGGUACUCAUCGGAUUGGGGGUAGUCCAGAAUGCAAUAUAACUGGCAAGCAUCAUAGGCCAGCAAUGUGUGGAGAAAGCUAUGUAGUUCACUAUCUUUAGAAUGCACUGCAGGUCUAUGAACCAGCUAAUCCAUAGUGAUGUUAAUUUAUUCACUCAAACAUAGACUCGCAAUGUGCAGUUCAAGAAAAUUUCCAUACUCCCCUCACAGGAGGGAUUGGAAGUUCAUGGGGGUGGGGUGGGGGUCUAUCAGACCAAAAGAUUUAGACAUGUAUGAAGCUUAACUGAAAUUUCGAGAGGGGUGGGGUGGUCUUAGAAAAAGUCCCUUCCAUGAGGAAGGGGUA